AUGCGUGUCGAAGAGGAUGAUUUGAUCUGGGACGCUCCCUCUGGGGCAAGCAGCGCUACUAUCACGGGUGCGAAUGCAUUUCCAACGGCAUACUCCAUGUCGGCCAUGGGUGGCUCGUACACAUUUCAGCAUCAACAGAUGCAGCCCAACAAUCACAGCUCGAGUCUUGGGGUCCAACCUGGUGCGCUCCUCUCGAGCAUACAUGAGCAUCACCACGCCACUUUCAGCCCACCUUCAGACUUUCACUCUAGCGCCAACUCCAAUGGCUUCCACCCAACGCACUUCCCCAUCGCCUUCUCUGCUCCCUCUGCGUUCAAAAGCGAGGUUCAACUAGGUCAAGACAUAUUUUCUCCUUCUUCGUACAAUUCUUUCCAAGACGGUAUACCGUUCAAUGGAGGAUCGUCUGUGAUGCACAAGACUUCUCCUGACCAUGCUGCCGGCAGCCCGGGCACCGACGGCGACCCUGGUAUUGUGGCUGAGGACGCUGAAGAGAACUUUGCUGCCAACGAAGGCGAAGAUGAGGAGGAGAUGAAGAAGCGCAAGCCACACAAGUGUGAAACUUGCGGUGCCUGCUUUGCGAGGUGAGAGCCGCGAAACUACUGGCUCAAUGAAGAAAUGGCUCACUGACAAUCUGACUGACCUUGCCGGCUUUCUCCAUUGCUUCCACUUCCGACCUUCAGGAAAGUGCAUCUUCAACGACACUCGUUGCGGCAUUUCACGUGCAAGCCGUAUGUCUGUGAAAUGUGUGGCAAGGUGAGUGCGAGCUCUGCGGCCCCCCGCAUCGAGUGCACAGUCGAGCUCACUUCCAUCUAUCACUUGAAACGCAGUGUUUCAGCAGACAAGAUUCUCUGGUGCGCCAUCAUCGGCUGCUUCACGAGCGCGACUCGCGCAGCAAAGGUGUGGGCGCAAAGGGCUCAGGAUCCGUGAUCCGAAACAGGUCUCCCAAGGGUGAGCAAGCCACUCGUACAAUGACGGCGUAGACGUUUGUUCACGCUCUGAUACCAUUGUCGACCAACUACCUUUUAGCCUGUCUCAGAUGCUCGCAGCUCAAGACACGAUGCGACGGCAACGAGCCCUGCGCAAGAUGCAUCUCACACGGUCUUGGUGCGCCUGGAGACUGCGUUUACAGACCCACGGCUGCGCAGCGGAGUCGCAGCGCUUCAAAUCGCGGCAUGGGAGCGUCCUCAUUUGCUGCAGAAAAGACGCUCGAAGAUGUCGAGAGCGACGACGAUGGCGCUGGACCCUCUGCACAGGAACCGCAACGCGGACGGCCCUUGUCCAGAUUUGGCAACCACUUGAAAAAGACUAGUCCAGCUUCGAAUGCCGGAAGCAAUGGCAGCGCGAGUGCAGUCAGCUUGAACGAAGGUGGCGCGAGUGUCUUCAGUGCAAGCUACGACGAUGCUGCUCAUGCUCCCCUCAGUCCUCAUAGCUGGGCGUCCACGUCCAGCAUGGGCAACCACUUUGCUACGAUGCACUUGCACCAACCACAUCCGCCUAUCAUGCACCAGCAUGGCCCUCACGGUUUCCAACAUCAGAGGUCUAUGUCGCAACAGGCUACGCCUUCACAGGCACCGUUUGCAAGGUCCAAUUCGUUUGAUGUGCAUGGCCAGCAGUUCCACGCGAGCGGGUCUCAAACACAGUCUCAGCCCACCAAUCAGAUGUUUGGUACGUCGUUACCUGAAGACUACCAACUGGCUCUGGCCCAAGCUGCCUUUAUGCGGUCAGAGUAUGGCCAUUCUUCGCGGGAUACAAACGGACCUUCGCACACGGCAGUUGGCUUCGCGCCCCCACAGCCACACAAUAUGCAUGGCCCACCCUUGGCUCACUUCAACGAACAGCACAACAACGUUGAGGCGGCGCAGCAACACAUGUCAGGCGCAGGAAGAGGCACAAAUGGGGCUUCAGGAUCAGCGCCUGCGGUGUUUGACGCCACGACGACCCACGGCGACACGCUCAACUUUGAUUGGGCUGGGCUCAUGAAUGCUUCGCAACAAGCCGAUCAUGCGGCAGAGAAGAUCGUUGGCAAUCCAGAGGUGCAGAGCGCAUCUUCGCGAAGAUCCAGCCAAGUUAGGACAGAAGCGUCGGGCGCUUCUCACGAACCAAGCCUAGGCGAUCCUUUCGCGUUCAGCGUCAAUGCUUCAUCUGCUCCCCUCAUGCGCAACACUGCAGUGUUCCUGGCUCCUGGAAUGAGCGGCUUGGAUCUGGACCUGCACUUGGCCGACUCUCCCAUGUCGGUGGGAUCCGGCUCGAUCGCCUCCAACCACUCUGCCAUCGGUGGCCACAAUGCUAUGAUGGGGGCUGGGCAAAGCAUCGCUUCACCGGACAUUCUGGGCAACACGCACCUUUGGUAG